CGUGAGCAGUGCGAGCGUGGGAGCCCAUCCAAUGCGGGAGUGGCGGACGACCGCAGGUCCUCCUCUCUCACUCCGUCGCCAGCUCCUUACGACAUUUCUCCAUCUGUCUGGUAUCUUUUCAUCAUCUGCGUGCUGUGCAAUGAUCCCUGUUGUGCGAAGCUUCCGAAGCUCCGAAUCUUGUACAUGUCGGUACAACAGGCUUGCCUGGUAAUAGGCACUUUGAACCGAAGAGCCAUGCCGAAGGUCGCGUCGAGUGUAAUGUCGCGAGGCGAUGAUGGCUUCUUUGUCCAACUUCAUCGCUUAUAUCAGUCUCUGUCCGAAGAACCGCACCGGCGUCGGUGUCCGAGAGAAGACGCGUACCGUUUCUCCGACAGGAAGACCUCAUACUGCACCUCGGAUAUCGCGAUUACUCCUGCUCUGCCUACCCUUGUUCUUCUCCGGAGCAUGCGCGAUUACUAUUAUGCUGACUUGAAUUCGUACGUCUGCUGUCGCUUACUGCCAAUCGCUCCGAACGUUCGUGCGUCGGUGAGUCGCCCGAGCCUCUGCCUGCACAAAACUCGGAUUUCGAGGCCACAAGAAUCGUUGCUAUGUCAUACUCCUACAACAAUAGGACUUCUCCGGUGUUCAAUAGAUGACUCAGCGUCCCAGGCAGAUAGCAGGUCCGUAUCGCCGACAGCGGCGUGUCUGCAUCGCGAGCAGAAACCUCGAUAAACUGGAUGCGGACACGUGUCCACUUCGUUCGAUUAUUGCCUCUCUCGCGUGCAUUCUCAGGCAUGACCUAUGUUAUCAUCUAUGCUCGUGUCUGGCUCGUUUGUAUUUUGGCAAAACAACUUGUUCUGUCACAUCCACUUUCCAGGCGACAGCACUUGAGAUUCAC